AUGUCAAGAGAAAACGUCAACAACACAACAACCACCACUGAAGAGACUGAACCGAAUCUGGAAGCUUUACCGCAACUUAUCCCUAUCGGGGCAUUCAUCAUCCUCACAAACUGCUUGGUGUUUGUUCUCUAUUACUCCAGAAGAAGUCUACGAAAAGCUUCUAACUAUCUACUACUAAGUCUUGCAGUUUGUGACUUUUUUAAUGGUUGUGUUAAUAUUCCUCUUUUCCUUUGGGCGUUCGUACAGAGAAAAACAUACCUCCCUCUAAUUUGCGCUGUGGAAGUCUCCCACAACUUAGUCGCCAUAACAGCAGCUUGUCAUAUCACCUUGAUUACCGCCGAGAAGUACAUUGCCAUUACACGACCUUUCAAAUUCCAUGUGAUAAAAAAGAAGACCAUGUUAGGGGCUCUGGCGGGCGCUUGGCUGAUUUCCAGUUUGAUGGCUUUUGCUCCUGUUGGUUGGUUUUCGAAGCGCAUGCGAAAAAUCCCAAUCGCCUUGACUCUGGAAAUCACUUACAACGUCUUUUGUCUUUUGGCUGUGUUUGCGGCACCCUACACUUUCAUUAUUUAUGCGCAUGUUGUCAUGUUCAGGAAAGCCUUUCAGAAAAAGAGUCAGAUUCUUUGCAGAAACGCAAGCCGGAAAAUAUGCAAAAAGAAGAAAAACGAACUCAAAUGCCUGGUUAUUUUCGCUACCAUGGCAACUGUGUUCCUUCUGUGUUGGCUUCCCUGGUUUGUGUUGCGCCUUAUUUAUUCCUUGGGUAAUAAGAAGCUAAUUAUGCCAGACUCUAAACUCCUGGAUACUGCUUCACAAGUCAUUCUCAUCGCCAGGUACCUGACCUCAGCCAUUAAUCCACUUCUUUACACGUUUUUCAAACACGAUUUUUGGAUUGCUCUGAAAAGAAUGGGAACACAUGGGAAACAUCCGCGAAGUAAGAGCUUAUCUGAGGGUACAGACAGUCGGAUUAGAAGACAAUUCACAAACAAGAUGAGGAACGGAAGUGAUUAUUCCGACAGCGUGGAAAUUCCCAAUACCAGAAGCAGCAAGUUUUCUUUCAGAAACCAGAAGCGGCCUCAGAGAGUAUAA